AUGUUACAGGACGAAACAAACAAACCUAUAUUUGCGUUUAUUGAUAGUGAUUGGUUUGAUUCUGAUGAAGAAGAGGAGGAUCCUAUAUCACAUAAUGAAAAGAAAUAUGCAAUUGCAUGGGAUUGUUUUGUAAACCAAUCCGAAAUUGAUAUCCCGAAAGCAAAAUAUUGGAAGGGUCAUUAUCUUUAUAAUGGAAUAAAUGUAUCAAAGGAUAUAGAUGAAGCAAUUAAGUUAUAUAAAGAAGCAAGCUGA